ACAGCUGUCCGAUUCUGCCACUAAAUUCGGAAAAAGCUCAAUUUUGCAAUUCGCGUCGGGCUGUGGAGUAAAGUAACAUUUUUGUCGGUACAUCUAAGAAUAGAUUUCCAAGCAAAUCCAAAUAGCAUACACAUACGUUUUAGAAAGUAAGACUGUUUGUUUAUUUAUCUUAAUUUUUACGUAUAAAUAAAUACGUCGUGAUGAGCUUGUGAAAUGAACGCGUUGCGUAACCUCUUCAGCUCUAGGACACUUAACUGUGUAAGGCAACAUGGCCAGAAUGUCCUAUUUAAUAUUACACAGCCGGUUGAUGGAGCUUCAACUGCAGCACCGAUUGCAGACUUCAAGGAGGGGUCCGAUAAAGUGGGCUGUCAACCGUUGAAAAUUCCUAUAUCGAUUCUCGAUGCAACUAAAUUUGCGGGUCAGAAGUUUUGCGAAUCGUCCACAUCUGGUUCGAUUUCACCGACAACUCUAAAACGUUUACGUUGCAUGGAGCGUAAGGUUGAGUUAGUUUAUCGCUGUAAACUGUGCAAUACACGUAAUAGUAAACUGGUGUCAGAAGCUGCAUACAGGAACGGUGUAGUAAUACUCCAAUGUGAUGGCUGUUCAGUGAAUCAUUUAAUAGCCGACCAUUCGGGAUGGUUUGCCAAUACCCAAGGCAAAAGCUUCGAUCAAGUUCUAGCCGAAAAAGGUGAUCGUGUUAAGGUCGUCAAAGUAAACGAAAAAGGAGAAUUAAUUUAAUUGUAAAGGAUGCGACAGAGAUGUUCUUAAUUCUACAGUCAACUGCAAAUCAUACACAAAUAAAAUCAACAACAGACAAGAUAUAACAGUCUCAUCGUCGGAGGCACACUUCAUUUAUUUAUGCCUAUGACGAUUUCGAAACACUAAGUAGGGAUAAAAGCUGAUUUCAAAUUAGCUGAGCUUCUACUCUGCCAUACUAAAGAUAUAGAAACUUAAAUUGUAAACAAAAAAUGUGAUAAUCGGCUUUUAUACAGUAAUUAAUUUGUAUUUGUUCAGACAUAUGUACGUAUAUUCAU